AGAUAAAGAUUAUAACGAAAUAAUUAUAUGACAACGUCAGCAAAACUCCAACCGAAGGUGGUUGUUACUGUGGAAUGUUGGAAAGGAAAUGCUUAUCAAACUGGGAGGCAAAGCGUAUCCACUCACUGUUCCAUGUAUCACUCCAAUGGCUUUAAAGGCCUCCUUUCCUCCCACACUUCCUGUUGUCAACAUCUCUAUUCAUCAACUGCAGCCCCUGCUGCCCCGACACAUUUCCUGCUUCAUUCUCUCGGAUUCUCCCAACAAGAAGCAACCUCUACAUCUUCUAAGAUGUCACUGUCUCUGCUCAUCAACGACACCAAUAGCUGGUCCGACCCAUUUAUUGGAGAAGUACCUGGUUGAUUCUCUGGGAUUCUCCAAUCAAGAAGCUGCCUCUAUUUCUUCCAAGGUGAAUUCACGUAAAAAAUUCAAGAAUCCUGAUUCAAUCAUUUUCUUGAAACAAACUGGUUUUGACAACACCCAGCUGAAAAAGAUGGUUUCUAAAGUACCCAAUUUACUAUUCCGUACUGUUACCAAAAACAUAAAGCCCAAAUUCCAGUGCCUUAUCGAUCUUGGCUUAUCCCAGGCGGACCUGAUCAGUGUAAUUACUAGAAAUACAGCUAUUGUUGACAGAAGUUUAGAUACUCAUUUGAGACCUACCAUUGAUUCUCUUAGGAGAAUUUUUGGUAGUGAUGAUAAUGUUGUGAAGGCUAUAAAGAGAUCUCCUUGGUUGCUUACUUUUGGUGCUCAUCAUCAUAUUACGGAGACUAAUAUAUUGUUGUUGAAAAACUCUGGUGUUCCUGAUGACAGAAUAAUAAAAAUGUUGCUUAGAAUUCCUAGCUCUUUUGCACAAAAUCCUGAGAGUAUUAAGGGUUUGUUGGAUAGGGUGGAGAAUGAUUUUGGAGUUCCAUGUGACUCCCCUAUGUUUCAGCAUGGAUUUCAAGUGUUAAACGGGCAAAAGAAGUUUAUGUUGGAUAGGAAGAUUGGAAUUUUCAAGAGUUUUGGAUGGUCUGAUGAUGAGAUACUCGACAUGUUCCGGAAGCAACCUUAUUGUGUUUCCCUCUCAGAAGUUAGAAUUCAGAAAACACUGAAUCUUUUCAUGAAGGAGCUUGGUUUAGAACCUGCUUACUUGGCAUCGCAUCCUUCAAUAUUGAUGUAUAGUCUGGAGAAAAGGGUGGUACCUCGGAUGCAAGUCUUGAAAAUUUUGGACGAAAAGAAGCUUGAGAGGAGAAAGUUGGGUCUGUGUACUGUUAUGAAUCUAACAGAGGAAAAGUUCAUAGAUUAUUUUGUGCUUCCCUACAAGGAUAAGGCACCUGAUUUGUAUGAACAGCUUAAGGAAAUUGUGGCUCCUUAGUAGAUUUUGUUGAUAGCUAAUUCCCUUUGGCUGUUACCAGCAAGUUUGUUCCAGAAGACAGUACGUCAAAUACUUGUUCUUCUACAACAUUGGCUUAUAUGAUACAACGGUCUGAUGUUCUUCUCUCU